AUGUUCAAAAUCAGAAAGAUUCAGCAUUCUCAUACAUGCUCAAUAGAUGUCACAUCUGUAGACCAUCCUAAUGCAACAAGCAACCUGAUUGGUAGUGUAAUAAGAACCAAAUUUGUAAAGCCAAAGAGAGACUACACACCAAAUGAAAUAGUGGAUGACAUGGCAGAUGACUAUUGUGUCUCCAUAUCUUACCAAAAAGCAUGGAGGGCUAGAGAAAAAGCUAUUGUAGAUGCAAGAUGCUGUCCACACGAAUCGUACUCUGAAAUACCAAGAAUCUUAUACAUGAUGGAAAAAUGCAACCUAGGAACAAUCACAGACCUUGUCACAGACGAAAAUGGCCACUUCAAAUACCUAUACUUCGCAAUAGGUGCUUCCAUCAAAGGUUGGCAACACUGCAAUCCAAUAAUAGUCACGGAUGGUACUUUCUUAAAAAAUCAACAUGGUGCAGCAUUAUUAAUAGCUAGUGCACAAAAUGCAAAUAGACACAUAUUUCCACUAGCAUUUGCAAUAGUAGACUCUAAGAAUGACACUUCAUGGAACUGGUUCUUCAGCAAGCUAAAAGAAUCAUACAGUGAAAGAGAAGGGCAGUGCAUUAUUUCAGACAGACAUGAAAGUAUUGCGAAAGCAGCAAAUACAAACUUCUCAAACCUCAUGCAUGGGGUUUGUUGCUACCACUUGCUAAAAAAUAUCAAGACCAAGUUCAAAAAUGGUGGAGAUGAACUCAAGAAUGCAUUCAAUGGAGCUUCCAAAGCUUACAAUGCUGCUGAAUAUGAAAAAAAAAACAUGAGAGAUUUAGACAAUAUUCAUAGCAGCAUAAGAGACUAUCUGGUCAACGAAGUUGGAAACAGUAAGUGGACAAGGUUAUACAGCCAAAACAAGUGA